UAACAUAUUUGUUGUUCAAAUGUAUAAUAUGCAGCCCAAUGAAAUGUAUCGCCUUGAGCACUAUUAUUUAGGCCAGAUCUCAUGAGAGGUGCUGUGUGAAUUGCAUUGGCAUACAAUAAGGUAAAGAAUUGCAUUGUCAUACAAUAAGGUAAAGAAUUGCAUUGGCAUACCAAAUCUGUUGGUCAAAUGUGCUUCAGGAAUGCUGUGCAAUGAAAAAAUAAACAUAAUAGCAUACAUGCCCUGUUAAGCAUAAAUGCUCUCAGUUAUAGUAGGAGGCGUACCCAUACGUCUGAAGACUGCUCUUAAUAUAUUCUUCUCUUUUCCAUGUUGUAACAUCGAGAUCAGUCCACUUAUCGGAUUUUAAUUCCAUGUGCUUGGAUGCAUAUUUGAAUAAAUCCUCUAGUCCUUCUAGCUGUUGUACCAACAAAUGGAAAAAGUAUAAGCAUCAAAAGUGAGAAAUAAGAAAAAAAAGGUUCUUAGAAAAGAUGGGGGAGUAGGACUAAGUACUAACCGUAUCAGCGAGGUCCUUGCGGCUCAUGUAAGGGCCUAGCGAGUCGAGCACUUGGACACAUUUUUUUCUGGCAUUUAUAACACAUAGGUACCAGUGAAAGUCGUCGUUGUUUAUUGGAAUGUAUAUCUGAAGAAAAUGAUUAUUUUAGUUGUACUCGUAUGUGGACGAAUCAGUCGUUCUUGCUGUAAUUCAUAGAAAUAUGUAGAAAAGUAAGACUAACCAUAUCGUUUUCCAAAUAUGCUUUUUCUCUGUUUAAUACCCAUGCUGGUGCAGCAUCCAUGUCAUCUGAGGGCAGAUAGCUACCGAUCUUCAUCAUCUUAGAGAUGCAUGCAUUCUCUAAGAACACACUUCCACCUGACCUUACUUGUAGAUGCUCCGUAAAAAUCAUGCAAUUUAUGUACGUAUUUAUGACCUACAAUUAAAAGUAUACAUAGUAUAUUAGAUGACACAUACUUCUAAUCAAAUAGCAUCUCCAUGUCCUAAUAUACUUACUUCAUCGCCAACCCAUUCUUUGGGAGAUAGAAGAGAUAGUAAAUGUCUUUUUUUUCAGAAAUGCAUCGCCGAUGCUCACUACAUUUCUUUCUUUACUUGGUUCGGAUCUGAUUUUUUCUAUAACGGACCAAUCAUCGCCAGUGCUGGCAUAAUCUGUCACGAUGGCCAUGAUAACAUUUAAUGAUAAUGAACACAAAAACAAUAAUAUAGCAGUACAAGGACAUUAAAGGUUUUGGUCUGUGCCUUGUGGAGAAACAACAUAGUCUUGUGCCUUCUUAGGCUUGUUAUGCCGUCGUAUAUGUUUCUUUAUAUGCACGGGCAUUGUUCGUCCUCUAUAGUUUGAAGCCCUUCCGUGGCGGGUGUUUGUGCUAAUUUCUCGUCCUCAGUUGCCACCAUUUGUUGACUUGUUUUGUUGUGGGUUAACUUCUGAAAACAAUAUUAAAAGAAUUACCCGUAUGUAGGAUAUAAUAUAAUUAGAAUAAUUUUGGAAGAAAUAGUUGGAAAAGGAAAGUCACAUUUGUAUGUUCAGAAUCUUUGGCCUCUCUGUUUGCUAUGUUUUCUUCAAGAAUAUGUGUAUAUUCUGGGCUCUCCGUGCAAUUAUUUUUCUCCACUUCAUUAUUGUUCGGUAUUUCACUUGAUUCGUCAUCUCUGGGUAGCUGAAACACAUGGUAGUAUAAUAUUAUAACGGAUAGAAUAUCUUUUUGAUAUGAUAUUGUACUAAAAAAAUUACAAAGUGCUCUGUGGCGUUAGAAUUAAAAUAGUAAUGACAUGUGGAAAGAAAACUUGCCUCCGUGGACUCGGGAUAUGUAUCCUCCUGUACGGUCUUCACCUCAUCAAUAUGCAUAUUCUCUGUAUCCUCCAUAGUAGAGUCUUCUUGUAUCACCUGUGCCGACUCAUAGUUUGUAUCCUCGUCUUUCUUUAUCACCUUUUCAACCUGCAUAUUAUCUAUAUCCUCAUCCUUUGCUACCUUGUUGAUGUCAUCCUAAAAACCCAAGUAUGACACUUUUAGAUAGGAGGAAACCUUGCAUAGAAAGAACAGAGAUAUAAUGUGUCUUUACCAUUUCGAUAGCAUGGACAGUAGUACCGGAUCUGGAUGGAGAUUGACUCGCAUGUGGCACCGGUGACGGAGGCGCAGACAUGGAUGAAGACGGUGCUUCACCAAGGGCAGAUGUGUGCGGCUCAGUGAGAGACUUGUUGUGGAGGUAUGUUGGGAUGCGGCUGAGAGAUCACGAGGGAGGAUGGAGGAGAGGUGAAAGUAAUGGUAUCAGGCAAUAUAAGGCAGAAUCGUGAGAGAAAGGAAACUACUAUCGCGAUAAUUGGGGACUCCUGAUUGCUAUCAUCCCCGGAUUUAUCUGAGGCCCCAGAAUCUUAUCUUGUGCUUUUUUAUACUCACACAAAAUAUUGGAGUUAUUUUCGUGGUACAAUUUAUAUGCAUAAAUAGUGGGUUUGGCCCACCUUCCUUCUGUAACUGUGGGCUUAAUUCAGAAAAGGCACACCCUUUUAAUAUUUGAGAAACUAAUUUUUUCUGUUUGAUUUGAAAUUCAGCUGAUGUAUGGUGGUUGCCUUCUUGUACAUGAGCUUACGACUGCGGGAGAUCACGACUUGUUCUUUUGAUUUUUUUGGUUCAUCACAUGAUCCAUCAAGCCAGCCAAGGCGGAGAUCAGUGAAGAGGUGAAGUAGAAAAUGGAAUCGGAAUAGGAGGCAUAUCUUCAACUGGUUUGAUGCAUGUUGGAAGAGGUCCUGAAAGGGAUUACGUACCCCACUACGCUGAGAUCCGGACAUAUUGUCUUCUCAAUGAACACUUACUGAACCGUGCCUCAACUCAGUUUGCUAUGCAAAUCAUGAUGUACUGUAAGUAUGAAAUUACAGGUACGGAAGUAGUCAGAUGUCUUGGAGAUCUGCUCGCCACCGGGGUGAUGACACCGGAUGUAAGGCAGCGCGCCGGGUCGAGGACGUCGCAGACACCGGGGAGAGGGCGGCGUGGCGACGACGGCGUAUUGAGGAGAGUUAGGGCUGCAAGGCGGGUCGAGGGCGUCGCGUCGUCGCGGAGACCAAGGGCAAGGGUCGCGUGGCGAGGGCGGCCGGGCGGGGCGGCGUGCCGACGCGAGGUUCGUGGCGUGGUGGUGGCGUUGAUCGCGGAGAUAAUGUUUAUUCGCUGGAUGGAGGUGUCAUCGUUAGGAUGUGUAGGAGCCUGGACGUGGGAGUCUGCCGGCAGAACAUUUGAUUAGAACCGUUGAUCUGGUUGUAGUAUGUUUGAUGAAGCGUGGACAGUUGGAUGAUAGUAAGUGGGUCUGAUCGGACGUCUAGGGUUAUCCUGUGUGCACUUUGUCGUGUGGAUGUAGGGAAAGUCACGUUUGGUCUUUUACUAGUAGUAUAGAUACGUUGAACAUUUUCUUAACAUAGAAUGAACUUUUUUCAUUAUACAAUGAACUUUUUUUAAUAUACAUGAAUAUCUUUUAAAACA